AACUGUAUUUUGUGAUCAUUUGUUCAUGCUUUAGUGUUCAACAUUCACAUUUAAGUUGAUGCAGUGUGUAUAUUUUGUGAGACUCUGGGCUAAUUAGUGUUGAUUGGUGUUCAAAUGAUAGCUUCAACAAUUAACGAGAUUGACAUCUUUCCAGGUUUUGGUAAAAAUUGGUUUACUGUUUCCUUCUAAUCCGCUUGAGUCCUUAUACGCUUUACCAAAAAUGGCCUGGGCUUUGUACAUGUUUAAAGAAACUUUUCAACCAGAAGAUCCUCAAAUACUCGAUUCUCAUAUUAAACCAGAAACUAAAUUAACUUUUGUGGACUUUGUGCCUAAUGCAGUGGAACGCAAAUCAUGUUCAAUAUACCAAACAGCGGAAAUUAAAUAUCAUCCUUUCAGAGAGAUGAUUUUGCUAGCUAAUGACUGGCUAGCUGAGAAUCCGUCUUGGAAAGCAAUUAAUUGUGAGUCAGUAACGUUAUUAUUCAAACCAAAUGAAUCUGGAAGUCUUGAAUUGAGACCAACUGAUGCUUCCUUCUAUAUCUAUGGCUCUGCGAAACAACAUAUUGUCAAAGCUUUAAGAUUGUGGAUUAAACGUCAACCAACAGAUUCAACAGAUGAUAGUGAAAACGUGUCAAAAGCAAAACCUCAGAUAUUGGAUUAUCUUGAUAUUAUCCCAGAGAAUCGUGGUGAUGGUGACUCUUUCUGUCCAAAGUUUGAAAAUCUUAACCAGUGUGUUGAAAGGAUCAAUAAGAUGGUCAGAGAAAAAAAGAUUAAUGGAACAAUAAUUACAGUCGAAAGUUUAAAUUGUGAAGCUGAAAUUGAUUGGAAAAUCAAUCCCGAGCAAACGUUGAAUUUUUUCACCAAUAAAACGGUCACCAUUUUACGAAUCUUUUAUGAAAAAGGGCCUCCAAGUGAGCUGGAAAUAGGAAUCAAGGAUUUCGUUCCUCAAAAUCUAUCAGGAGGUGGCUUCUUUAAAAGACCAAAAUUUGAACCCUUUUCCCUGGUUUUGACUCGAUCCACCAAAUGGUUAAUCGAGAAUCCUGAUGUUACUUUUAGAAACGCACAAUCAUUAGACAUUAAACUCAAAUCACUUGGUCCAUGUGAUGUUACUUCAAUGGCUUAUACCGAACAUGGUGAUUAUUUGAAGAUAUUUCGCAUUGCCUACACCAAACCAUUGAAAUGUAAAUCAAAUCAAUCGUUAAACAUUGAUAAUAACAAUAUUGUGGAAACUAAAUCAUUAGUUUUGGCAAGUAAGCUCUUUAUGCCCACCAAAAAAGGUGAAUCAUUAACCGAGAUCCGGCAAAGGUUGGAAGAUUGGAUAAAUGUUUCACACAAAGAUCAAAUUGUUGGUGAAAUUAACAAACCCAUUGAGAUUCUAAGUGCUGAAACAGUUGAAGUAUUUUGUCGGAGUGACGAUAAUGAAUUGGAAAAGGCUGUUGAUGAUACUUUUCAAUAUAAUCGAUUUGGAACUAAAAAUGGUUAUAUAUUUAUGUCAUUAAGAGUUUACUUUCAUCUUCCUGGUCUACCAAAUUUAUUGAUUCCAUCAGAUGAUGAUAAUCUAAUUCAAUCAAUGGCACUGAAUAAUGAAAACACAUCAUCUUGUACCAUAUUAUGAUCAGCUAUAAUUACCAAAACAUUUGCAGUCGUCUUCACAAUUGCCAUCACCAUCAACAGUAAUAGCAUAAUCAUUGUUAUCACCAUAUAACUGCUACAUUAAACUGUAAUAAUAAUCUCGUCUUAUUUACAACUUUUAACUUACAUGCAAAUUAUCAUCAAUGUUAUUCCCGUUUGAUGUUUACCUCAAACCUGAUUUUACCAUAAGGACAAAUUUUACUGAUACAAUUAUUUUUAUGUUUUGGACCACUUAACUGUUAUUUGACAAAUAACAUAUGGAAAUGCAAUGUUAACUCACUAUCCAAUGAAUACCUAAAAUGAAUUACAAACCUGUAUUUUUAUUAAUUGAACAAUUCUGUUGCUUCAAUUAUCCAAUAAAUACAAUUUUAAAAGUUGA